UUUUUUCUUUUCUUCUUUCAAUUCUCAACCCCCCACUCUAUAUAAUGUCUACUACUCAAGCCUCACCUGAUAAAUAUGCUCAAGUUAGAGAAGAAAUUGCUAAAGCCUUCCCUAAUGAAGACUAUGAUGAUGGAUCAUUUGCACCUGUUGUGCUUCGUUUAGCAUGGCACGCAAGUGGUACUUAUGAUAAGAAUCAAAAGGAUGGUGGUAGUGAUGGUGCUACCAUGCGUUACAAGGCCGAAGCUGAAGAUCCCGCCAAUGCCGGUUUGGAACACGCCAGAAACUUCCUUGAACCCAUCAAGGCCAAGCAUGCCUGGAUCACUUAUGCUGAUUUGUGGACUCUUGCUGGUUGUGUUGCUAUUGAACAUAUGGGUGGCCCUCGCAUUGAAUGGACUGGUGGUCGUAAAGAUAAGAACAAUGAAAUUGAUUGCCCUCCUCUUGGCCGUCUUCCUGACGCUGCCUUGGGUAAGGAUCACGUUCUCGAUGUUUUCGUUUCUCGUAUGGGAUUCACUGUUCAAGAAACUGUUGCUUUGAUUGGUGCUCACACUGUUGGUCGUUGUCAUGCUGAUCGUUCUGGCUUCGAUGGUCCUUGGACAUACAACCCUACUCGUUUCUCUAACCAAUUCUACAAGCUUUUGCUCAAUGUUAAAUGGGUUGAAAAGAAAUGGGAUGGUCCCAAGCAAUUUGUUGAUGAAGAUGAAGGUGAAAUUAUGAUGUUGCCCACAGAUAUGGCACUUUUAGAAGAACCUUUCCGUCAAUAUGUUGAAGUUUAUGCUAAGGAUCAACAAAAGUUCUUUGACGAUUUUGCCGCUGCUUUCCUCAAAUUGAUUGAAUUGGGUGUUCAAAAGAGAUCAAAGAUGUAAAAUUGUUUAUUUUUAC